CACGGAUUUAUAGAGAWUGGCAUCAUUUUGAAKARUARAAAAUGGWGGUUGUCAGACAUUUGUUUACAAACUUUAUUUAUAUGAACAUAGUUUCACGAUCAUAUAAAUGGAUUUAAUUUAAUUUCURCAAACUCCAGACUCUCGUUGAUUAGGUACUAAACAAGCUUUUAAUUUUAUAAAGGCGACUGCGUUAAGUAGCAAGCCCAUUCUGAAAGCGUUCCAUCUUAGCACCUUAUACCAUUAGCACCGCUAUCUUUCAAUGAAURCUUCAAACCGUGAAUCAUUAAAAUGACUUCRUYUUGGAUUCCUUUUUUUCGAGAGUAUACACUUUACUUUGUCAUUAUUUAUUGUUGAUUUGCAAUUUGUAUGUUUUGAAAACGUAAUCAUCACGCGAAAAAGUAGCUUAGUUUCCGCAGGAAGAGGUCACGAUGUUGCCUGGUGGUCUGGCUACCAGUUGAAUGUACCACUAGUUAGAAGAUAUAAACACAUUGCCCUAUGGCCAUUAGAGACAAGUAAAGCACCUUGCAACUACAUGAAUAAAUCAUUACCUUACCCUUUGUCUUCACAAAUCACGUCUUUUUCUCUUCAUGGACUUUAAUAUAUUUGGAAAAAUUAUUGUUUACCAGCAACCAUUGGUUUGAUUAGCUGAGGAAGUCGUUAAAAAACAAAAAAAGAAGAUAAUUGCAGUGACUGGGCUGUGCCCCAUGGUUGUCGAUCGGUUGGUCUUUUUGCGGGAACUCGACUGUGCAACACAUCAAUCAGACUCUACAAAAAAUCAAUAAGUUACUGCUUCAAAGUUACUCGCGGGCAGUAAACUCAUUCCUACUGAAAAGCUGGAAUAUCAAUGAAGAAUCGAUCRAACGUUCGAAGUGAUUCAUAAGAAGAGUCGAUCWAACGUUCGAAGUGAUCUAUGUGACGAAUCGAUCAAACGUUCCAAAGMRUAGAAUCAUCUGGUUGGUGUAGCGUAAAGACAUCGUAUCAAGUUCAUUGUUUGUUGCUGUGUUCAGGAAGAAUUGAAAGAUAAUGGUUGUGCCUUUAGUAGCUUUAUAAUGGUGGGCUUUGCUGUUUUAUUGCACUCAAAAUUGAUAUGUUCCAUGUUGAUUCUAUAGCCSUUCGACAUAACUUACAGYUUGACUAGCUCGAUUAUGCACUGUUUUACAGUGUUGUUCACAUUUAGUGUUAUCUGCGUUUAUGCAGUCAACUGUUUGCAAGAUUGUGUUGAACCUGAUACAAGGGUUAUYGCUCGAUGGAAAAAUGGAAACUAUUAUAAAGGAGUCGURGAAUCGUUGACAAAUGUCAUCGGCGUCUUGUUUGAUAAUGGAAAUCGACUUACCUAUAACUUACACAAUAAUUAUGAUAUAAUUGAAGACAGAAUACCAGAUGAAAGAGAGAUCAAAUGGGGAGAUCCAGUCAUUGUAAAUCGUCCUCAUUCCUUUGCCUACAAACCUGCUCACAUAAGAGAGAUCGUUGAUGGACGGUACAUGAUUUGGUAUGAUGAUGGUUCAUACAUUUACCAAACCAAGAAUGAUAUCAGAGUUUACAAUAGAUCUGGUGUUUGCAAUGAGCCAGCAUAYCUCGGUUGCUAUCGUGAUCAAGUACCAAGGUAUCUUACUGUCUUCAUYCCGACAAAACCAGCUACUGUAGGCGCAUGCGUAGAUAUGUGCAAUGCACAGGGUUUCAGUAUCGCGGCUCUUCGAAACAGCGACUUGUGUUUCUGUGGGAAUGCCUACAACAAAGGUUACCAAACUGAUAACGAGAAAUGUGACACGCCAUGUUUUGACAACCCUUACGAGAUGUGUGGCGGAGUCAGCACGUUUUCACAAUAUUGGUCAGGAAUCGUAGGAGAUUCUCCCGCACAUUUGCCUGGUGGACUUUCGGCGCAAACAGCGCUUCACAUGGAUCCCUAUGGCUUUCGUCCUUCKUACACUACUGCAAUAACAAAACAGAACAUUCCWCGAUAUGGCAAGCUACCAUGGAAGAGCAUCUUGCAAGCUCGUAGACGAUCCAAAGCACCCGUGUCAUUGGCUAAUCAGUCACCAUGGAAAUGGGAUCAGAGGACAUCAUCAUGGGUGAGAGCUGACGGCAAGCACUUCCACUGGAAUAAAAACAAACUAAUCGAGGAUAGAAUGGGAACUAGUAGCUUCCAGACCUCCGCUGUUAAUAAGCAAUGGACUCAAAAGCUCUGGYCAUCCGCUCCUAAACCAUCCUUUGUCCCAGCUCCUGGUUUGAUUGCUGCUUCAGGUCCUGUCCAAGCUCAUGGCCCUUUGAACAAUGGAAUAUUACAACCAGUAAUUGGGAGAACAAAAGCACCCAUACCUGGUCAAGGUUUUCAGCAAUAUAAAGCAUGGCAUACACCAUCUAGACAAACUGCUGUCAAGUACAUGAAUGAAGCGUUUGCUGAGACCUUCACACCGCAACUCGUGCUAGAAAAACUUGCCGACAAAAUGGCGCAUGUCAAAUGGAGUAAGCUGAGUAACUUUCAGCAGGAGUUCAAAGCUCUUCCUCCAGCUCCUAAAAGCUUCCGUUAUCUUGGCUGCUUUGCUGAUGAUUAUCAAAGAGAUCUUCCAUUUUCGAUGCCUGUAUAUCCGCUGACCUCGAGAUCUUGCAUACUCAAGUGCCGCGCACUUCGGUUCUCGGUGGCUGGGAUCCAGGACUCCUCGCAAUGUUUCUGUGGCAACUCUUACAGCAAAUAUGGRCGAGUCAGAGAGGAGGAAUGUAAUAUGAAGUGUGCAGUCAGUCAACGGGAUACCUGUGGYGGAGUGUUGAGAAAUUCUCUUUAUUAUACAGGAGUUGGCUCUGCCUGGCCUAUAAUGAAAGCUCCUAAGAAGUCUYCUACGAUCUUCCACUCGUCAAAACYUCAUAAAACGGAUCCAUCACGUGAUAUCACUGUGAAAGUUCCUGGAAAGGUCACGUCAGUUACUUACGCCAGAGUACCUGAAAAACAUAUCAAACACGCUUCAACAGUAAAAGAAACGAAGCAAAAAGUAAAAAAGAAAACAAAAAAGAAACUCAAAGCAAGAAACAAGAUUAUKAAUUCACCAGCAAAAYCAUCCAGUGAUCUCGACGACUUUAGGGUUGAAUCMAUCAAAGUCAAGCUUAAUUUCUCUGAGUUGAAGAAAGCUUUGAAAACAAUGUCRCCUUCGAUUGUCAGACGUAUACAAGAAGAUCUUCAGAAGAUCAAUAAACUAGAAAGUCAAAAAGAACACGAUAAAAAUGCAAAUAAUACUGGUGGAGAACCCGUGAARGCAAAGAGUGCAAACGUCAGCACUUCUGAUUACAACAAACAGAUGAAAAMGAUACGAGAAAAGCUUGAUAAAGUACCAAUAAACCGUUUGACAACACAAAAUAUGAAAGAUAUCUURAAAAUUAUGAAAGUUCCUGAAUCAAGUUGGAAUGUUACGACYAAUGUUGUACAUCAUGAUGGCAAAACGCCKCAUGCAAACARYUCUUCAUYGGUAAAACACRGAGACGGAAAUGUUGCUCAUGAAGAAAUUGAAAGUUACGCUAAAAUAUCACUUGAUUUUCCUCUCAAACCAGCAAGAGAAGAUGCRGAYGAYGAGGAUAGUUUUAACAGAAAGAAACAAUUGCUAAACAUUAUUGCCAAACAUAUAUCGGCUAGUCGUAAAGACGCUGUCAAAGACUCUCCAACCAAUCAAAAAGAGGCUAGUAAAAGCACUUCAACCAAUCAAAAAGAGGCUAGUAAAAACACUUCAACUAUUCACAAAGUCACUAUCCGAAACAAUUCAACCAAUCCCAAAGAUUCCGUGAACGAUAUUCCAACAAAAGUAUCAAGAAAUGGAGUUGCAUUGUCGGAAGAAAAUGACAGGCCAAGUUCCUCUCAGAAUGCAACAGAGAUGCCUAAAGACGCGAAUAUAAUGGAUGAUAAUUCAGGUGACAAGAUUCCAGUCUCUGGCGAUGAUAAAUCUAGUUAUAUCUAUUUUGGUAAUGGUACGGUUAAAGAUGUCGAGAAACUACCAUUAAUAAGAAAAGAUGACCUCAAAAGAUUAUUAAAACAAAGAGAGGAUGCAAUGAAACGCACCAAUACUCACCAGCAAGAACCUUCAAACCAACCUUUGAUAGACAAACAAAAAUUGUAUACCAGAUCUCAUAUUCCUCAUGCAAAAAUGAAUAUCAAGCAUAUUUUUAAACAGUUUACCAAAGUAAAAGKACUUCGUGUGGUGAAAAAUGGAGUCGCUUUCACCAUCAAUAAAAAGAAGAAGCUAUCUCAAAAAGAGUAUUURAACUCUCUCAGAAAAAACUUAAAGGGGUCCAAAAAGGCUUCYAAGCAUAGUACCCCUCCUGAYCAUAGGAAACGAUUAUUGCACCAUAUCUCAGAAAGAACRAACAAAAAUAUACAAAAUGAUUUAAAAGACUCGAAGAGAGAAGUGCAAGAAGGAGAACAGGAUAAUCAAAUUGAGUUCAAAGAUGAAGGGGCGAUAAAUGAACUUAUUUCUAGAAAUUAUUAG